AGUACAGCAGGGCAGCAGGAUAUUCUCCCAAACAAAUUAAUCCCUCCAGGCUCCAAGACUUCCAACUUCCAACUUCCGAGUAAAAGGAUCACAAGACCCCGACGGGCGACGGUUGGAGUACGGCGACAGAAGCGGUCCGUAGAUCUUGUAGUUCCAGCGAUUGUCUCUGUAACUUCAAACUUUAAAGGCAUCAUCAAUAUCACUAGAACUCUGGUCUCUUGGAUCUUUCAGCUCUUUGGCAUCUGAUAUUUCCUCAUUGGAAGAGGGAUUUAUCAGUAAAACUCCCUGAGAUUGGAUCAGAUUUCAGCUGCACAUAGGUUCUCUUUGACAUCUGCAAUCAAUGGGUGAGUGGGUCAUUGGGGCAUUUAUCAACAUCAUUGGUAGCAUAGCCAUAAACUUUGGGACAAACCUUCUCAAGUUGGGUCAUGAUCAGAGAGAUAGACUUUCUAUGCUAGAAAGUGAUGGAACUACUAGCAAACUUGUCUCAAAGCCAAUCAUAUACUUUCAGACUUGGAGAGUUGGUAUUAUAUUUUUCACACUUGGGAAUUGUCUCAACUUCAUUUCCUUCGGUUAUGCUGCACAGUCACUUCUCGCAGCCCUUGGAUCAGUUCAGUUCGUAUCAAACAUUGCAUUCGCAUACUUUGUUUUGAACAAGUUGGUGACUGUGAAGGUGCUCAUUGCAACAACAUUUAUUGUUAUUGGAAAUGUCUUUCUGGUUGCUUUUGGCAACCAUCAGUCACCUGUUUACACUCCAGAGCAGUUGGCAGAGAAGUAUAGCAAUAUGAUAUUCCUUCUUUAUUGUCUGUUUUUGAUCUUGGUUGUUGCGGUGCAUCAUUUCAUUUACAGGAGAGUAGAACUUAUCCUUCCCGUUUCUGGACAUGACAUGAGCCAUUAUUGGCACAUGUUGCUGCCAUUUUCGUAUGCUGUAGUUUCUGGUGCUGUAGGAUCAUGCUCGGUGUUGUUUGCGAAGUCCCUGUCCAACCUGCUUAGAUUGACAAUGUCCAAUGGUUAUCAGUUGCAUAGCUGGUUCACAUACUCCCUGCUGCUUUUGUUUCUUAGUACAGCUGGGUUUUGGAUGGCAAGGUUGAAUGAAGGAUUGUCACUCUUUGAUGCAAUCCUGAUUGUGCCAAUGUUUCAAAUAGCUUGGACCUUCUUCUCCAUAUGUACAGGAUUUGUAUAUUUCCAGGAAUAUCAGGUCUUUGACGCAUUAAGGACAACAAUGUUUAUAAUGGGAAUGAUGUCUGUGUUCAUAGGAAUUUCUUUGCUGGCGCCUGAUGAGUCAAAAGUUGUCGAAGCCAAGGAUUCUUCUUUAUUGGGUUCUUCCACAUCUCCAAGCAUUGCCACUGACAUGGACAGGCUACUCAAAUUGCCAUCUGAGGAGACAGAACAUAAAGGCUUGGUUUCAUUUGGGGAAUCAUUUUUGACAAAAGCUAGAACGAUAGUAGCGAAGGCAAAGACUGCUUGUACACAUUCAUUAGGCCUAGGAGAUGAUUCAAUCAAUGCAUCUUCGGUUCUUGUAAUGCCCAUGGUGUCUUCAAGGAUGACGGGAUUUAGAGGAAUUGGUAUUGAGCGAUCUACACUUUUCUUCUCAAAAAGUGGUGGUUGGAGUCGGAUCUCGAUGGACGAGGAAGGCAUGGAAAUGCUGGAGUCAAGUUCUAUAAUCUCACAGAUCCAUGGCUGUCCAUUUGAUUAUUUAGAUGGUAUGGUAUUGGACAGAAAUGAAGACCAAUCACAAUUGGAUUCUGUGACAUUCAGGCAGCCUUAUGCCCUCCAAAAUUGCUCAUCGCUUAAAUGCUAUUUAAAUCUCAGAAAUGGGAAAAAAAGUGUUAAAGCUCUAAAAUAUUUUCAUGAUCCCAUGCAAAGAUCGAGCACCAAACUAGGCGCUACUCUUCGACGUUUCCAUCGAUUUCUCUUGGUAGAUGGGCAAAACCUACUGCACCCCCUCUCUCGCCGCCCUGUUGAAUCAGAUACUUGCGUCUCUGUGAUCAAGCAAUGCGAGACCCUGGAAGCCCUGAACUCGGUUCAUGCCUCCAUGCUUCGAACCCACCUCCACCUCAAUUUGUUCUUCUUCACCAAUCUCAUUGGUCGCUACGCCUCCCUGGGAUCCAUGCCUCAUGCUUAUACUCUCUUCUCUGCAUGUGAAUACCCCGACGUUUUCCUAUGGAACAUCAUGAUCCAAGGCUUCGUCGAGAAUGGCCCUUGUCAUCGCUCCAUCCUUCUCUACCGUCAGAUGAGAGAUUUGGGCGUUGCACCCGACAAUUUUACCUUCCCUUUUGUCCUCAAGGCCUGUGCGCAGCUUCGGGACGUCGAAUCAGGGGAAGCGCUUCACGGAGAUGCGGUGAAGUUUGGGGACGAUUCUGAUGUAUAUGUGGGCAAUUCUCUUGCUGCCAUGUACGGCAAAUGUCAACGGCCCCAUAUUUCACGGGAACUGUUCGACAGAAUGCAUGAAAGAAAUGUAGUUUCAUGGAGCUCCUUGAUAGGUUCCUAUGGACAAAAUGGGUUCCACGAAGAAGGCUUGAUCCUCUUUUCGAGGAUGUUAGAUGAGGGGAUCAGACCCAAUAGAGCUACAAUUUUGAAUGUGAUCCCAUGUGUGCAUCGAGAGGAUGAUGCUCGUGGCAUUUGUGAGGUUAUUGUAGAUUGUGGACUUGAUUUGGACCAGUCUGUCCAAAAUGCCGUAGUUGGAAUGUACUCCAAAUGUGGAAGAAUCGACAUUGCCUGGAGAUUCUUCGAUAUGAUCCUCGACAAAGAUCUGUUGUCUUGGAGUUCGAUGAUUGAAGCUUACGUGAGAGCUGAUUUGCCAAUUUACGCUCUGGAACUGUUCAAAGAGAUGCUGCUGCUUGGAACUCGCCCGGACUCUGUUGCCUUACUUAGUGUUGUUCGUUCUUGUUCGAGUUUGGCCUCUCUCCAUCAGGCACGUUUUGUUCAUGGGUUCGUAAUUCGGAGAUCCUUCAAACAUGAUAUAGUACUUGAAACUGCAUUGAUCGAUCUCUAUGUGAAAUGUGGCAGUUUGGAUUAUGCUCGCAGAAUUUUUGAUAGACUUCAUGAAAGGAACUUAAUUUCCUGGAGCACCAUGAUAUCAGGGUAUGGAAUGCAUGGACAUGGGAGAGAAGGACUACAUCUCUUCAAUCAGAUGAUGAAGGAUUCCGUGAAACCAGAUCACAUUACAUUUGUGUCUGUGUUGUCAGCCUGCAGCCAUGCAGGUUUGAUUGAUGAGGGGUGGAGAUGCUUUUCUUCAAUGACAAAAGAUUUUGGGGUUGUGCCCAUGACGGAACACUAUGCUUGUAUGGUUGAUCUGUUGGGUCGAGCUGGGCAAUUAGAUGAAGCUCUAGAGUUCAUUGAGGGUAUGCCAAUAAAGCCUGAUUCUGGUGUCUGGGGUUCUCUGCUGGGGGCGUGCAGAAUUCAUUCAAAUGUAGAGCUAGCAGAAUUGGCUGCAAAAUAUUUAUUCGAAUUGGAUGUGGAUAACCCUGGGAGGUAUGUUUUGUUGUCCAACGUCUACACAUCUUCAGGCAAGAGAGAAGAAGCCGAUCGGAUUAGAAGUCUAAUGAGACAUAGAAGGUUGAGAAAAAUUGCCGGCCACACUAUUAUAGAAGUUAAGAACAAGGCUUAUAAGUUUGUGACAGGGGAUCAAUCGAAUCCACAAACGAAUUUGAUCUAUGAAGAGUUGGAGAAAUUGAUGGUGAGGAUUAGACAAGAAGGGUAUGAGCCAGAUACAAACUUUGCGCUGCAUGAUGUAGAGGAAGAGACAAAGGAAACACUGCUAUAUUCUCAUAGUGAGAAGUUAGCUAUUGUGUUUGGACUAAUGAAUUCAAUCCCCGAGAGUGUGAUUCGAAUAAAGAAGAAUCUUAGAAUUUGUGGGGAUUGUCAUACUGCGACGAAGUUUAUCUCUAAAGUUACUCAAAGGGAGAUAGUUGCGAGAGACGCUCACAGGUUUCACCAUUUCAAAGGAGGGGCAUGUAGUUUCAUACCCAUGGAAUGGAGCUCAUUUCCCAGCUCCAUAGAACUCAAGGUCAUGUCAUGUAACGAUCUUAAAGCCUUCAACUUCUUCCAGAAACUAUCUGUAUAUGUUGUCGUCUCCAUUGUGAAGGAUAAGGAUGGCAACAACAAAAAAGAGAAGCACCAGAAGCAGAGUACGCCCGUCGACAGAGAAGGAGACGGAAACCCUCAAUGGAAACACGCGAUGCGGUUCGAUCUCAAAGGGGAUCAUCAGCUUCUUCUGGAUGGCUACGAUGACUUCUUUAUCGAAUUCGAUCUGCGUUGUGAAAUCGUCUUCGGAAACAAGACCAUCGGAGAAGUUCGAGUGCCGAUCAAGGAUUUGAUUCACGACGAGGAGAUGCCAUCCAACGCCAACGGACCCGUCAGGUUCGUCAGUUACCAGGUGCGUGGUUCCGACGGGAAACCUAACGGUGUCCUCCACUUUUCUUAUAAGAUCAUCCACAACGAUGAUGAUGGCAGUGGUGGCAAGGGGGAUCAUAAUAAUAAGAUCGAGGAUAACGCCGUUUCUCCCUUGGAUUAUUAUCCUCAUGGACCGUAUCCCUUACCGGGAGUGGAAGCCCUUUAUCCAUCUGUGGAAGAUGAACUCCCGUCCUUGUCUGAAGUUUACUAUCCUUCCGUUGAACUGGAACCUCCUCCGCCACCGCCUCCGCCUCAGGAAGCUUAUUAUUCGGCACCAGAAUUUUACUACACGGUGCCCCCAGCGCCACCUCCACCGCGAACUCAGCGACCAUAUUAUUGUCCUCCUCCUCCUCUUCCUCCUCCUCAUCAUCAUCAUAAUCAUCAUCCGCCGCCGCCGCCACCACCACCACCGACCUUGUUCUACAAUGCGCCACCGGUUCCGUAUGGAUAUGGGUUGGGAAGCUAUGGUUACGGUCCUUACGGAUUGAACGAUCAUUCAGCUAUCUAUACUACUACUAGUACGGGCCAAACGGGUAGACCUGAGAACUACAUCUGGUGAGUUGUUUCUUUCGCACAUCAGAUCGUUGCGGUUGUUGUGAAUUGUGAUAUAUAAUUGGAAUUGGAGCUGUAGUUGUAAAUCCUUUUUCUUAUCGUUCCCCUCAAGCCUCGCCAUCUUUCUCGAAUACAGUGAUUGAUUAGUCCCGCAGAAUUGAUCGGUAGAAGCUCGAUCUAGUGAAAGGGAAGAAGGCAGGGAAUAUUAUGUAGUUUCAGUUUAAAUGACCAUUGGGAUGGAUAUGCUUAAUUCUAUUAAUUACAGGAAGUGCCCAAAAAAAAAAAAAAAAGCUCUAUUCCUAAGUUUCUGUCGUGCUAAUGUGUAUUAAUUAUUCUAUUAUCAAGCAGUGGGUUUACCAUUUUCGGUCUUCAA